AUCUGGCUACCACGCAAUACAAUGUUUAAACGUAACGUAGACUCGCUCACGCCUUCUCGUCAUGCUUUACCGUGUGUUCAUUUGGUCUUCGUUGUAUUUAUUAUCUUACAAAUCACGGUUGUUAACGGCGAAAGAAUCAGCCCCGGGAGUUGUCUCAUCUGGGGUCCAGGACUUGACCCUCAUGUAGUUUUGCCGGUCCGCUACUUCUUCAUUCAAGCGGUCGAUUUCAAAGGAGAAAAUUUCAGUUCAUCUCCAGGUAAAGACACAUUUAAAGUGAAGAUAACUUCACUGGAGAAGAAAGAGCAUGUCCGCAUCCACGUUCCCCCACCUUUGGACAGAGGAGAUGGAUCCUUCAUGGUGAGGUACCGGUUGUACAAUACAGCAUCGACGGGCCUGAAGGUUGAGAUCUUCCAUCAUGAAACUGCUGUUGCUAAAUCACCCUACAUCGUCCGAGGUCCAGUCUAUCAUGAGUACUGUGACUGUCCUGAACCCGAUGCCUCCGCAUGGCAGAGUGUCAUGCAGUGUCCACUCGACGAGCCUCAGAUUGAGGCGGACUUUAAAUCAUUCCCGUCGAUCGACCUGCAGCGCCUCCGGGAGCAGGGGCCUCAAAGAUUUGCAAACCGAGGAGGCAUCAUUCACUACGCCAUCCUGAAUAAUCGUCUGUACCGCCGAGCGCUGGGAAAAUACACCGACUUCAAGAUGUUUUCGGAUGAAAUGCUGCUAUCCCUGACGAGGAAGGUGAAGGUGCCCGAUGUCGAGUUUUACAUCAACGUCGGCGACUGGCCGUUGGAGACGAGGCCGGCUGAUGCGGGCCCUGUCCCGGUUUUGUCCUGGUGCGGAUCUACAGACUCACGAGAUAUCGUCCUCCCCACCUACGAGAUCACUCAUUCAACUCUGGAAAGCAUGAGAGGCGUCACCAAUGACCUGCUCUCUGUUCAAGGCAACACAGGUCCCUCGUGGGUAAACAAAACCGAUCGGGCCUUUUUCCGUGGCAGGGACAGCCGAGAGGAACGUCUCCAGCUGGUCUCUCUGUCCAAGAAACAUCCCAAGCUUCUGGAUGCCGGCAUCACAGGAUGGUUCUUUUUCAGAGACCGGGAGAAACAUGUUGGCAAAGCGCCGCUUGUUGGAUUCUUUGAUUUCUUUAAGUACAAGUACCAGGUGAACGUGGACGGUACCGUGGCAGCGUAUCGUUUCCCUUACCUGAUGCUUGGAAACAGUCUGGUUCUGAAGCAGGACUCGCCCUACUAUGAACAUUUCUACAGUAGUCUGAAAGCUGGCACCCACUACCUCCCCUUUAAGAGAAACCUGUCAGACCUGCUGGAAAAAAUCAAAUGGGCCAAAGAGAAUGAUGCCGAGGCGCGAAAGAUGGCCACGGCCGGUCAGGCCGCGGCCCGCGAGCUGCUGCCCCCUAGCAGACUCUACUGUUACUACUACCGAGUGCUGCUGACGUAUGCCGGACGGCAGUCGGGCCGGCCGAGCCGCCACGCCGACAUGGAGCCGGUGCCUCUGUCGGAUGAACACGAAAAUGGGUGUACGUGUGGGCGUGACGGCAACAAAGAAGAAAAGUCUGUCAGAGAUGAACUAUGACGCAACUUCGACAGAGAAAAUAUCGCAAUCCGGCACCGUCUGUGAAUUUUGAAAGUAGGUCGUGAAACAUUUGGGAAAGUACGACUCUUUUUCCAGAUUAAAACACCAAAAAAAAAGUUUCAUGAUUUUAUGAACAAUAUUUUUUUUUUAUUACUUUGUCAUUUUACUUUCACGUAUCAUAUUUUUUUAUUGACUCCUCCGGUCACCCCGUCCAUGUUUUCAUAUUCAUUUCCUUCUAAAGUGUUCAACAAAAAUAAAAUCCAAAUUCCGGACCCAAGGAUGCCUAUUUACUCAUACGCUGUCUCAUGAGGGUGAAGAAAAGACAUUUCUGAAAUGGAUGUAACAGAGACAAAAAUAUUCAACCACAAAUUUUGUGUGAAGUAUAAAAUAAGUUGAAAAGGAAGCUCGCCACCCAAAGGAAACUGUUUAUGACUUGUGACAUGGGACUAGACUCAAGUCCCAUGUCAAGAAACCCUCGUGUCACUUGAGGGUUUCGUCCCACAGUGCAAAUAUUAGCAAUGCAGUAGUCACAAACUUAAGUGUCAUUUGUAUGCGCUCUAAGUAAAUAUUGUCAAACUU